UCUCUGCCUGUGUUUUUUUAUUCCGCUCGGGUCUUUCUCCUCCCUCCCUACCCCCCCCCCCAAUCUGGUCUCCUCCAGGUCUCAUUUAACUCUGUCCUAGCAACACGGAGCGAAUUGGACUUGAAUACUGCACCUGGCUGUGUAUGUGGGGAAGCCAAGCUGGAUCAAGAGGUGGGCGAGCAGCGGGGAGGAUGGAGGCGCGAGAGAGCAGCUUAGGGUCGAAGUAAAACUGAGCAUCAUCUUAUUUUUUUAAUCCAUCACUGAGUGAACAAUCAACCAACAACAUCCUGCUCCGUUCCAAAAAGAAAAUCAUGAUUGAAUGAAACCAACCUGCCACAAACAGGAGAAGCACAAAAGAGAAAGAGAUGGCCAAAUUGACAGAGUUGACGACUAGUGUACUUGAAGAAGACUCAAUGGAGCAGGACGUGGAGAGCCCUGUCACGAUUCAGCAGCCAAAGUUGCCCAAACAAGCUAGAGAGGAUCUUCCAAAACACAUAAGCAAAGUAUGUACCAAGAGAAAAAUUCAGAGGUAUGUUAGGAAAGAUGGGAAAUGCAACGUACACCAUGGGAACGUGAGAGAGACUUAUCGUUAUCUGAGUGAUAUCUUCACUACCUUAGUCGACCUCAAAUGGAGGUUCAACCUUUUGAUUUUUGUCAUGGUUUACACUGUGACGUGGCUCUUCUUUGGAAUGAUCUGGUGGCUAAUUGCUUACAUCCGAGGUGAUAUGGAACAUAUAGGAGACAAUACAUGGACCCCAUGUGUCAGUAACCUCAAUGGGUUUGUCUCAGCCUUUUUAUUCUCAAUAGAGACAGAAACCACCAUCGGGUAUGGUUAUCGGGUCAUCACUGACAAAUGUCCCGAGGGAAUUAUUCUGCUUUUAGUUCAGUCUGUUUUAGGUUCUAUUGUCAAUGCUUUUAUGGUUGGUUGCAUGUUUGUGAAAAUAUCCCAGCCCAAGAAGAGGGCAGAAACCCUGGUCUUUUCUACCAACGCAGUCAUUUCCAUGCGGGAUGGGAAGCUGUGCCUGAUGUUCCGAGUAGGGGACCUUAGGAAUUCACACAUUGUGGAGGCAUCAAUACGAGCCAAGUUGAUCAAAUCUAAACAGACAAAGGAGGGGGAAUUUAUACCACUCAACCAGACAGAUAUCAACGUAGGUUAUUACACAGGGGAUGAUCGACUCUUUUUGGUUUCACCACUGAUCAUCAGCCAUGAAAUUAACCAGCAGAGUCCUUUCUGGGAGAUUUCCAAAGACCAAUUGCCCAAAGAGGAACUAGAAAUUGUUGUAAUUCUAGAAGGCAUGGUGGAGGCAACAGGAAUGACAUGCCAAGCGCGAAGUUCUUACGUAACCAGUGAGAUCCUGUGGGGUCAUCGUUUUACACCUGUCCUCACGCUGGAGGAUGGAUUUUAUGAAGUUGACUACAACAGCUUUCAUGAAACAUAUGAGACCAACACACCGUCUUACAGUGCCAAAGAACUGGCAGAGAUGGCCAGCCGAGCAGAAUUGCCCCUGACUUGGUCUGUGUCCAGCAAACUAAACCAGCAUGCUGACCUGGAAACUGAAGAGAGGGGAAAGAACCAUGAAGACCAAACCGAAAGGAAUGGUGACGUGGCAAACUUAGAGAAUGAAUCCAAAGUUUGAACCAGCAGAGGUUCACCACACAACCUCUUUUUUCUUUUUGAUCCUUCCCUUUUUUAUGAUGAUGACAAGAAAAGAAAUAUUUAAAGUUUGAAAUGUCUACCUGCCCAAACAAAUCAACAGAUUCAUAAUAUAAGCAAAGACAUGAGUUAAAGCUGCAAUAUCCCUUAUAUACAAUGAAAUCUCUGAUCACUGCCCUUCCAAUAAUUGCAUAUUUCCUCUGGAUAGUUUAUGACCACAGGUGUGUUUAAAAAGGAACCAAAAAAAAGGGGGAGGGCAAAACUCAGUAUCUGGGAUAAUAAAAGGAAAGACUGUGAUUAAUGUUGUUAAUACCGUGGGCCUUGGCUCUAAUUUUUAUAUAUUUCAAGACAGUUUCAUAAACAGGAUGUGAUGCCUCCAAUGAAAAUGGGCAUUGCAGCUUUAAGACUAAGGUGAGCAGAAAGAGCUGCAGUUCAACAGGAUACUGUAUAUAUGCCUUAUGUAAUUACUCUCUCUUUACAUUUAGUAAUAAACCCAGCAUGUACAAAAGUACUGUAGUAAAUAACUUCUAAAUAAUGUACAUAGAUGUGUAAUUAAUGUAGGUUUAGAUACAUAAUUCUAGAAAUAUUGGGAUGCAAAAAACUGAAUAGGCAUUUCUGUUUUAAUAUUAGGAGUAUAUAAGUUUCUCCCCUAUAUAUCUGGCCCUUUUAGUGCACAACAUUUUCUUCAGUGUACCAGACUGGCAGCUAUUUAGAAGACCUCACUGUCUCCCUAACAAAUCAUUUUACUGAUUCUAAAAAGCCAUAAGUCUGGGGGGAGGGCAGGGGGAAGAAAUUGAAACAUUACUGAUAUACUGUGAAACUGUUUACAAAAAUUAUUCUAUCUUUUGUAAUUAUAGGGUAAACCAAUCCUGGCUAUUUUUGGCAGUUCAGCCUGAAUUAGACUGUGGCAGAUUCUUGGAAAACACAAGAAUCUCCAGUAUACUGUUAAUAUAAAAAGCAUGUUCAUGUUGGGCUAGGACCCUGUAAGUGCACUACUGUGGGAAGCUAUUAUUUUUUCCCUAAACCACUGGAUUAAAACUAUGUAGUUUUCUAUAUAAACAGUAUAAGCCAUUAAAAAUUCUGAAUGUUAUUCAUAGGUAAGUAGAGAAAACUUUUAACUACUCGGUCUGGGAAGAAAUAAUUUAAUUUCAUCUGAAGUUGUAGUCAAUGAGAUUCAUUCAUUAACAUCAUUAACACUUUGUUGGUCCUGAAAAUUCCCAAAAGGCUUUAUGGCCCUAGGUAAUUUUCAUCAGGGUUUCUCAUAUAAAAGCCCACUCCUGACAUCUCUAUUCAGAUGAGUGGACCCUCCCACCCUUACUCAUAUUGGGCCAAAACCUCAGCUGAUUUAAAUAAUUUUGAGUUGAUGCAACAGAACUAUGAUGAUUUGCCUGAUUUACACCAGCUGAGCAUUUGGCCCAUAGAGUAGUACCUAACUUCUCAAAUACACUCAGUGUGGGGUGACUCACAGUGUAUGGUAUUACUCAAUGCAAGGAUUGUUGCAUCAGGCCCUGUGUGCAUAAAUAGUAUUAAUUCAAAUAAAAGACUCCCAUUGACUUCAGUGGGCUUUGGCUCUGGCCCAUAUAGAGUACC